CGGCGGCGUCUGAGGAGACUCCUCGGUGCCUGCCGUGGUGGAUCCCGGCGCCCACCCUAAACGCACCAUCCCCCCUCGGAGCUGCAUCUGGCGCUGCAGAUCAUGCUUGUACAGCAGUGCUCCUCUAGUGGCAAAAGCCUUGGUGCCUGCAGCACACAGCGUGUCAGGAUCCAUACAAUAGAUUUAAUGAUGUGAUGUACAGGUGGAUCUCACUGGAUAACUGGACUUACAGCAAGACAUUCAAAACUCCUUUUGAUGUCAGGAGCUGCCAACUGUGGAAGAAUGAUACUUCAGCUGAUUGGAAGCUAGCCAAUCUGGUAUUUCAUGGAAAGUGGCAGAAAGUGAAUCUGGUUUUUGAGGGAGUAGAUACAGUAGCACACAUCCUGCUCAACAAUGUCACUCUUGGGAGAACAAACAACAUGUUCAAACGAUACAGCUUUGAUAUUACCAGCAUGAUCAAGGAGGUCAAUUUUAUUCAAGUCCAUUUCAUAUCAGCCAUUUCAUAUGCUGCAGAGCAGAGCAGAUGUCACAAAGCAUACAGCGUCCCCCCAGCGUGCCCUCCACCUGUGCAGAAAGGCGAGUGCCAUGCUAAUUUCAUCAGAAAGGAGCAGUGUUCAUUUAGUUGGGACUGGGGCCCUUCUUUUCCCACUCAAGGAAUCUGGAAAGAUGUGAGGAUUGAGGCCUAUAACCAUUAUCAUUUGAUUUACUUUUCUUUAACUCCUUUCUUUGUGAGUAGAGCUCAGCAGUGGAGUCUCGAAAUUGAGUCCAUCUUUAAUGUAGUCGGCUCCAAGCCAAUUGCAGGUCUUGCAACUGUGAACAUUCCCAAACUGCAAACACAGCAAACAUACAGUGUGAAGCUGCAACCUGGUGAAGGCAGUAUUGUGCUGCUUGUAAACAUCAGCAAGAACUCUACAGUAGAAGCUUGGUGGCCAAAUGGACAUGGAACACAAAUUGGAUACAAUGUGACGACAACCUUCGUCAUGGAAGGAGGAUACCAGAUUGAGAAAAUUUCAAAAGCCUAUUUUCGGACAGUAGAACUUGUUCAGGAGCCUAUUCCUGGGUCUCCAGGUCUGAGUUUCUACUUCAAAAUCAAUGGCCAACCCAUUUUCAUGAAGGGCUCAAAUUGGAUUCCAGCAGAUUCUUUCCAGGAUAGAGUGACCUAUGACACAUUAUGGCUACUCUUGAAGUCUGCAGCAGAUGCUAACAUGAAUGCACUCAGGAUUUGGGGAGGAGGAAUAUAUGAACAAGAUGAUUUCUACGACAUUUGCGAUGAACUGGGAAUAAUGAUUUGGCAGGAUUUUAUGUUCGCAUGUGCCCUGUAUCCAACAGACCAGGAUUACUUGGAAUCAGUAAGAGCAGAAGUUUCUCAUCAGGUAAGGCGGUUAAAAUCCCAUCCAUCGGUUGUUCUGUGGAGUGGUAACAAUGAAAAUGAAGCAGCAAUUGCAAGUAACUGGUUCUCCAUACCACAUGCUGACAGAGAAGUCUAUAUCAAAGAUUACGUGAUGCUUUAUGUGAAGAACAUCAGAGAAAUAGUUCUUGCUGAAGAUAAAAGUCGUCCUUUUGUUGUAUCCAGUCCUACCAAUGGUUUGGAGUCAAUUAAAGAGGGCUGGCUCGCUGAAAAUCCUUACGACACGCAUUAUGGUGACACUCACUUUUAUGACUACAGCAGUGACUGCUGGAACUGGUCAGUGUAUCCUAGAACUCGUUUUGCUUCAGAAUAUGGAUUUCAAUCCUGGCCAUCUUUCAGUACGCUGGAAAAGGUUUCCUCUGCUGAGGACUGGUCAUACACGAGCAAUUUCUCUCUCCAUCGACAACACCAUGAAAAUGGCAAUGACCAAAUGCUUCAGCAGAUUGGAUAUCAUUUCAAGCUUCCCCUGAGCACAGAUCCCAUAAAAAAGUUUAAAGAUAUGAUUUACCUCACUCAGGUGAUGCAGGCUCAGUGCGUUAAGACAGAAACUGAAUUCUAUCGUUCCAGUCGAAGUGAAAUAAUCAAGGGAGAAGGACACACAAUGGGCUCUCUGUAUUGGCAACUCAAUGACAUCUGGCAGGCACCUUCAUGGUCUUCCUUGGAGUAUGGUGGAAAGUGGAAACUGCUCCAUUAUUUUGCCCAAAACUUCUUUUCCCCACUGCUGCCUGUGGCCUAUGAAGAUAACGGUGUGUUGCAUAUCUAUGGUAUCUCAGAUUUUCACACAGACCACAAGCUGACUUUGAAGGUCAUUGUGAACUCCUGGAGUUCUCUGGAGCCAGUAUGCACUCUUGCCAAAGAUGGUGUGACUGUUAAAGCACAAAGUGCGUUUUCUAUCUACAAGGAGUCCAUAAAUACCUUGCUGGAAAGAUGCAGAAAUUGCACCAGGAAGAGCUGCGUUGUUUCUUUUUACCUUGUGGGAGAAGAUGGACUCCAGAGUCCAAUGAAUCAUCACUUCCUUUCAUCCCUGAAGGAUGCUGUAGGAUUGGAAAAGACUCAACUUAGUGCCACUGUAUCACAACAAGAUGAUGUUUAUAUAUUUGAUCUUCAGACUACUGCAAUUGCUCCUUUUGUUACUUUGGAUGUAGGGAGUAUAAAGGGUAGGUUUAGUGAUAAUGGUUUCCUCAUGAUGGAAAAGAAGAAGGUGGUUAUUUUUUAUCCUUGGGAGCCUACCAGUGUUGAAGAACUAGAAAAGUCGUUCACCUUGACAUCUUUGAUGGACGUUGCCUGAUGAUUUUGUUCUAGAUGACAAAACAGGGAGAGGAAAAACUGGGAAGAAUUUGACUGCAGUUGAGGUGACCUAUGAGAUGAGAUGACUGAAUGUUUUGUUUUGUCAUGUGUGAAUUUUAACUGCUGGUUCAAUGUAAAGAUAGCAACAACACAGCUUGCUUAUAAUAUAUGUGGUGCAUUGAA